AUGAGCAUUGGUUGGGCACUUACUAUUCUCGGCACUGUUCUCCGCGAAUGCUGGGUUCUCCCAACCUUAUACGACUACUACGAUUUUGUAAUCGUGUUCAGUAUAUUCUUCAACAUCGGCCAGUGGAUCCUGCUAUUCAUCGUUGUCUGGGGAGUCAACCGACUGCUCAGUCAGCGCCUCGACUCGAGCCAGGGCAUUGUAAAAGUCGCUACGCUCGCUAUUGUUGGAGUCAUGGCGGCUCUAACAGCGGGAUAUACGGGCCUCAACUGUUACAACACUUGGCAGGCCAUGGCCCGUGGUACGUCCGGAUACCGGUACGUGGUCAAUUACAAAACGUACUAUGACGCAGAGAAGUUUGCUGUUGCAUACGAUGUUCUCUACAUAUUGAGCGUGGUUGCUGGGGGUGCUAUUUCCAUGGCACUGCUCAUGAAGUUACGAUCCAAAGGCAUCGCUAUCAACGACGUUAUCAAAAGAAUAGUUGCACUCACCCUUUGCAUGGUGCUGUCGAAUAUAUUCAUCCUCGUUGUCGAUGCUCGUAGCCUCGAAAAAAAGUACCUGGACAUGGAUGUAAACUGUGCGAUGUAUUAUCUCAACGGAUUCUUUCAGAUAUUCUCAUAUUUUGCCAUCAUCAGCUUGUGCAAGUCAAACUUUUGGAAGGAGAGCGCGACGCAGACGGCAUAUAACACCACUGGAUAUGAUCAACCAGCGUAUGCUCCAGUGCAGCCUCCGCCGCAACAGCAGUUUUACCACGCAGGCCCAAUGGUAGUACCAGUAGCAGCCCGAUCAUAG